AGGUACUGUAGGUCUGCUGUUGGAGAGAAGGUCCAAGUCCGUAGGAUGUUAUGUACCAGUAGCGCGUUGUUAUCGUUUAUACCCCUGAACGCAGGCUUGGCGUAUGUUUUGGCCUCAUUUGGCCACGCGCCAAUCGCAGGUCAGUGUCCAAAAACAACUUCCUGUUCCGCGCACAACCACUCUUCGCUCUACAGUCUUGCGCAGUUCAAGUGUAUCCAUCUCCUGUCAGUUUGCAUCCGACAUUCCAGCAUUUGGCGCUCGGAGCCAGAAUCUGCUGUCUAGCAUAGACUACCGUCAGAGACCGCGUCUUCGGGAUUACCAGAGCAGAAGCACUUCAAGAUGCGUGGGGAAGUCUGCCACCUGCAUAUCGGGCAGGCGGGAACGCAGCUCGGCAAUGCUGCCUGGGAAUUGUACCUUCUCGAGCAUGGCCUGAAGGCUGAUGGUCGUCCUGACCCUGAUGCCAAUGUUGGCGACCCCGGCUCAUUCGAGACCUUCUUUACCGAGACGAGCGGCAACAAGCAUGUUCCCCGGUCUAUUUUUGUGGACCUCGACCCUUCUCCGAUCGACGAAAUCCGGACUGGCAAAUACAGACAACUGUUUCACCCCGAGCUUUUGAUUAGCGGCAAGGAGGACGCAGCAAACAACUAUGCUCGAGGUCACUACACAAUUGGAAAGGAGAUGGUUGAUGAAGUCCUCGACAAAAUCCGCCGCGUUGCUGACAACUGCUCGUCGUUGCAAGGCUUCUUGAUCUUCCACUCUUUUGGCGGUGGUACCGGAUCUGGCUUUGGGGCUCUCCUCCUCGAGCGACUGUCGGUUGACUACGGCAAGAAGUCGAAACUCGAAUUUGCUGUUUACCCUGCUCCUCAAGUUUCGUCUUCUGUGGUUGAACCAUACAAUGCCGUCCUCUCCACCCACAGCACUAUCGAGCACGCCGAUUGCACGUUCCUAGUGGACAACGAGGCCGUCUAUGACAUUUGCCGCCGAAACCUCGAUAUUCCCCGUCCAGACUACGAGCAUUUAAACCGCCUGAUUGCCCAGGUUGUCUCAUCCGUCACAUCAUCUUUGCGGUUUGAUGGCGCUCUGAACGUUGACUUGAACGAGUUUCAAACGAACCUGGUGCCAUACCCUCGUAUCCAUUAUCCACUGAUCAGCUACGCCCCAGUUGUCUCGGCCAAACGUUCUUCCCAUGAGAGCUUCAAGACCCAGGACUUGACUCUACAAUGCUUCGAGCCUAACAACCAGAUGGUUGUGUGUGACCCUCGCAACGGCAAAUACAUGGCUGUUGCUCUGCUUUACCGCGGUGAUGUUGUCCCGCGUGAUGCAAAUGCCGCCAUUGCUACACUUAAAGCCAAAUCCAGCUUCCAUCUGGUUGAUUGGUGCCCAACUGGUUUCAAAGUCGGAAUCAACUAUCAGCCACCAAUGCCCGUUCCCGGUGGAGAGUUGGCCAAGGUCGACCGUUCAGUCAGCAUGCUUUCCAACACCACUGCUAUUGCCGAAGCCUGGAGCCGCCUCGACCACAAAUUUGAUCUCAUGUACUCUAAACGUGCGUUCGUCCACUGGUAUGUUGGAGAAGGUAUGGAGGAAGGCGAGUUCUCUGAGGCCAGAGAAGAUCUCGCUGCUCUGGAGAAGGACUACGAAGAAGUCGCCAGCGACAGCUUGGAAGUCGAAGACGAUGGCGGUGCCGAAUACUAAACCGACCUUAUGGCAACGGUUGAUGGUGUUGUGGCAAGGCGAUAUCUUUCCGGCGAUUGGACUGGUCAGAACCUUUCGGCGGCCUUUCCACAAGGCGAUGGAUGACUGCAGGAUCCUUGAAUCGAGCAGACUUACCUGCUAGAGGCUGUUGAAUGUGCGGGUUGGACCGGAUGACUGAAUAUGACCAUACGAGAACCAAUGCAGAUUGAAUAAUAGUAAACUUGAAAUGCAUAAUCAGGCCUUUAAACACG